AUGCCCGGGCACCCAGGGGCAGGUGGGGGCCACGCCGGGGAGGUGAUGGACACGGGGCAGGAUGAGCCCACGGUGCUCCCAGAGGUGCCGCCUCGCUCGCUGCCCUCUGCCAGCUCCCAGCCGCCCACCCUGGGGAGCUGGUGCAGGGGGUCAGGGUGGCUGCGUCCCCCCCAAGACAGGGGCGGCCAGCUCCUGCAGCCCGCGGUCAGCUGCACCGUCCGGCACUGCCCGACUCUGCGUGCCGUGGAUCCCCGGCACCGGCGAAGGCGCAGGAGAGGACCAUGCACCCUCCACGUGCUGGUGGCCCUGGAUGUCACCGACUACCAGCAAUCCAACCUGCAGCCCUACCUGGAGCGGGUCCUGCGGGACCUGACCGCGCUGGACCACCUCACCUGCAGCCCGCUCAACCUGAGCCUCAGCCUGCAGAGCACGCAGCGGGAAGGGGAAACCCUUUUCCAGGAGCGGCUGCGGGAGCCCUGGAUGGACGUGCUGCAACGCCUGGCACGGGCGCACGCUUUCCAGCGCUCCUACCUCAACCAGCUCGCCCUGCAGAGCUUCCUCGGCACCCUGGCACGGCAGGCGGCUGAUGCCAAGGUGCUGCUGGUGUUCACGGAUGGGCUGGACGAUGAUGCGGGGAAGAUGAAGGAGGCGGCAACGUCGGCUUGGCUGCAAGACCAGGCUGACCUGCUGGUGACGGUGGCGGUGAACAACGUCACGGGGCUGGGGGACCUGCAGCAGAUGGAAUUUGGGAGAUGGCUGGCGAGUGGGCAGCACCUCACCGUGGACAUGCCGGAGGUCGGCGGGCACGUGGCGCAGGAGCUGCUGGCCCUGGCAGAACGGACGUGCUGCCAGAUGUGUCCCUGCACCUGCGUGGGGCUGCCCGGUCCACAAGGCCCUGGUGGCUCCCAUGGGGAGAAGGGGAUGACAGGCAGCAAGGGGCGUGCUGGAGACGAGGGCGAGCAUGGACACAGCGGCUUCAUGGGUCACCCCGGGGAGCAGGGACCUCCUGGAGAAGCCGGCUAUGACGGUGUGGACGGGGAGCAGGGUGAAGCAGGGACCCCUGGCCGCCCCGGACAGAAGGGGUCCCGGGGGAGGCAGGGAGACCCUGGCCAGGAGGGUCCCCCGGGGCCACCGGGGCCCCCGGGUCCCCCUGCUCACCCGGGCAAGAAGGGGAACCGUGGCAGCCCUGGCCCCGAGGGACAGAAGGGCUACGGAGGUGCCCAGGGUCUGCCCGGAGCUGAGGGCUCCCAGGGAGCAGUCGGACCAGCUGGUCCCAAAGGGGACAAAGGGCAGGCAGGAGACAAGGGCAAGAAGGGGAGCGUGGGACCGCGGGGACCCAAAGGCACCCUGGGUGAGAACGGGUGUGACCGGAGGGGUGCUCCAGGGAGGAAGGGUGACAAGGGUGCUCGGGGCCUGCCAGGAUACCCCGGGGCUCAGGGUGAUGGGGGUGAGAGAGGAUCCCCAGGGGACAAGGGUGCACGAGGGCUGCCCGGGCGCAGGCCUUGCGAGCUCAAGGCUUUCAUCCGCCGGAGCUGCGUCACCACCUCGCCGUCCUGCCCGCUUUUCCCCACCGAGCUGGUUCUGGUGCUGGAAACCUCAUCCACCGUAUCGCCAGCCCUCUUCUCCCGCAUGAAGGAGCUGCUGGCCCUGCUGCUGCGGGACCUGCAGAUCUCCCCCUUGGGCUGCCCAGCGGGGGCCAGGGUGGCCGUGCUGGCCUACGCGGCCACCCCUACCUACCUGCUGCGUGCCGGGGAGAUGGGGAGCAGGACCGCGCUGCUGGACCGCCUCCGCCGCCUCUCGCCCACCCGUUCCUCCCGCCGCGGCCGCCUGGCCACCGCCAUGCGUUUCGUGGGGCACCACGUGCUCAAAAGGGUCCGGCCGGCCACCCUGGGCAGGAAAGUUGUCCUCUUCGUCACCAGCGGCCGAAACCAGAACCUGGAGGGCAUCGGGGACGUUGCUCUGCAGUACGAAGCCCUGGGCAUCGUGCCGGCAGUGCUCACCUUCAGCCCGCUGCCCGAGGUGGUGCGGGCUUUCCAGGUUAACAGCCUCUUCCGAGUGGUCCAGCUCUCGGCGGCGGAGCCGGCUGGCGAUGCGGCGGUGCUGCGGGAUGCAGUGCUGCCCUGCAUCCUCUGCUUCGAUCUCUGCCACCCCGAGAGCUGCACCGCAGCCGUGCCAUCCCCUGACCUGCCGGACGUGGACUUGGCCUUGGUGGUGGACAACGCAGCCCCAGGGAUGCUGGCGGAGAGGCUGGAGGCUGUUGGCGAGCUCUUCCACCAUCUCCUGGGGCACCUGCAGCUCACGGGGCCGGAUCUGGUGCAGCGUGGCACCCGCAUCGCCCUGGUGCUGACGGGACCCUCCACUCCCGGGCAGGGUUUGGCCGAGGUCCCCUUUGGGCUGCCCAGCUCCGGGGAGCAGCUCCGGGAGCGUCUCCACCUCGCCUUGGUGCCCAGGCCGGCUGCAGCAUCCGCCAGCGGCGCGGUGGCGUGGACCCUCCGGCACGUCUUCCCACAGAGCUCCGGCGACCGGCUCCGCAUCCUCUUCGUGGUGGGGACGGGGGCCGCAUUGUUGUGGGACGGGGAGGCACGGCAGGCGCUGGCCCCCUUUGCCCAGUGUGAGGAUUUUGGCAUCUUGGUGCUCUCCCUGGGGCGAGCCGGGACAGAGCAGCCGGAGGCGGCCAUGCCGGAGGCACUGCCGGCAUGGCGGUACCAUUCCCUGCGCCUGGGCUCGGUUCACCCACCCGAGAUGGGAUACGCGGAGAGGACGGCGCUGGGCUUUCUCAGGAGGCUGCGGGCGGAGAGCAGCCAGCGCCCCAGCACCCCGGGGUGCCCCCAGGAGGUGCCCCUCGCCAGCACCAGGACCGGCAAGCCCCCCCCAGGGACCCCUGCGCAGACCCCCAGGGUCCCCACUGGGAUGCCCACAGCACCCACCGGCCCCGGUAAGGGCCGGAGGGCUGCGGCCGUUCCCGGACCGUGCACCCUGGACAAGGACCCCGGCAGUGCCUGCACCCAAUUCUCCGUGAUGUGGUACCACCGGUGGGAGACGGGGUCCUGUGAGCGCUUCUGGUACGGGGGCUGCGGGGGCAACGCCAACCGCUUCGGCAGCGAGCAGGACUGCAUCCGCGCCUGCGUGGACCAGGGUCUUGACGAAGCCGGCGUGGGCGAGAGCAACAUGACGCAGGCUGCCUGCCUGGAGGCGAGGGACCCGGGACCCUGCCACUCCUUCUCGCCCAAGUGGUUCUUCGAGGGUCACCAACCCGGCCGCUGCUCGCUCUUCUGGUACGGGGGCUGCGGCGGCAGCCGCAAUCGCUUCGAGAGCCGGCAGCAGUGCGAAGCUGCCUGCCUGUCCCCGGGCAGGGUGAACCCCCCGGCCCCCCACCCCAUCAACGCCUCUGCCUGCACCUCUGCGCCUGGCUACUAG